UUAUUGAAGAGCCGGCUGGCGACUGCCUCAGUGUACCAACAUGGGGUUUCUGAGAGCAUCCCCGAGUGCUUAAGGAGUCAGGUUUUUAAGGCUUGGUCUGCAUCCUUGUUGGCAGGCAGGCCAUCCAGGUGCAUUCGGGUAGGGUAGCAAGCAAGUAUUGUACAGAAGCAGAAUUUUGCGGUUAGUUAGCUAUACGUCAUACAUCUUUGUUUUAAUAUUUUCCCAUACAUCUUACUUCCAGUACUUUCCCUCCACACAGUUUAAAAGUCAGUGUGGGGAUAGUCAGUUCAUUUUGCAGGCCCAGGAGUUAGUCAAGCAAGAAGUUAGUGAGAACUUUCCCAUCUAUUUUGGGAGUGAACCAGACUUAACUCCGUUUUGGUGAGGGCUUGCAGCCCAGGAAUUUGUCAGGAGUUAACUGAUAUUUUUCUACUUUAGCCUAGGCUUAACAACUGUGAUAUGGGCACCGAGCCAUAUAUAACCAUUUUUUAAAAACCAUUGAACAGGCUUGGCACCUGUAGCUCAGCGGCUAGAAUGCCAGCCACAUACACCGGAGCUGGCGGGUUCCAACCCAGCCCAGGCCUGCCAAACAACAAUGACACCUGCAAACAAAAAAUAGCCGGGCGUUGUGGCGGGCACCUUAGUCCCAGCUAUUUGGGAGGCUGAGGCAAGAGAAUCACUUAAACCCAAGAGUUUGAGAUUGCUGUAAGCUGUGACGCGGCACUCUACCCAGGGCGACAGCUUGAGACUGUCUCAAAAAAAAAAAAAAAAAAUUAACAUGUCACAAGCAAUGACAAGAAAGGGACCAGAAAAAAAGUCCCACCAAGGACAUAUAUGGGGAAACAGGCUUGGAGAAACAGAAGGGAUUUAAGAAAAAAGAGGUAACACUGCCUUCUCUGCUGCCAGGGCCCCAGGGUCACGCCAGACCCCUUUAAGGAGCUUAGAUACUUGAUGUGCAUAGCCCACAAGUGCUGGCUGGAUGGGAGCUGAUCCUCUUGCUAGGAUGGUUGCAGAUACAGGGUGGCCAUAAAGAUUGUGUGCAAUUUAAAAUUGCACACUAUUUUAAAUUGUACAUGAACUUUAUGGCCAUCCCAUAUUUAUUUUAACUUAUUAUUAUUAUUAUUAUUUGAGACAGAGCCUCAAGCUGUUGCCCUGGGCAGAGUGCUGUGGCAUCACAGAUCACAGCAACCUCCAACUCCUGGGCUGAAGUGAUUCUCUUGCCUCAGCCUCCCAAGUAGCUGGGACUAUGUAGCAGGUGCCUGCCACAAUGCCCAACUAUUUUUUGGCUGUAAUUGUCAUUGUUGUUUGGUAUGUCCAGGCUAGAUUUGAACCUGCCACCUCUGGUGUAUGUGGCUGGCACCUUAGCUGCUUGAGCUACAGGCGCUGAACCUGUUUUUUAACUUAUUUUUAUUGACUAGUUUCUUUGUUUUAAUUGAGCACAUAAUCUAUGGUCUAAUUAGCAAAAGGGGAUUGAGGAAGACACAGAGUUGAUAUGUGAAAUAGAUGGAAGGAUCUCUCUGAGAUCCUCUCCCUCCUCCUCCCCACUGGCCCGGAGAUGACCUUCUGACUGUGGGAUUUCAAGGGAUUCCACAGUAUAACCCUCUUGCCCCACCCCCCAACAAACCCUGUGGAGAUGUGUGUUCACCUGGGUGGGGGGUACAUGCUGAGUUUAUUUUAAAAGGCAGCCUAAAGGGCAGUUUAAUUUCUGGUCCUUGGGUUGGGAGGCCUCUCAGAGGUAAUUCUCCUCUCCCACUCGGCAGUAAGGACAAACACAUCCUUCACUGUGACUUAGUGGCUGGAGGUCAGAAGACAGCAUGACCUCUAACCCAAAGAUGAUGAACCAGAAACUCAGCCUGCCCAGACUGGUAAGACAGCGUCUGGCACAGCACAGGAGCAGGCAAAAUGUUGACGGAAGGAAAGCCAGCUGUGCCCGGUGUCUGUUGGCCGCCCUGCGCCUGGCCCUCCAGCAGUGAUGGAGGUGCCCCCGCCGGAACCCUCCCCGGGUUCGGCUCUCAGUCCGGCCGGCGUGCGUGGUGGAGCCCAACGUCCGGGCCACCUCCCGGGCCUCUUGCUGGGAUCUCAUGGCCCCUUGGGGUCCCCGAAGCGCGCGGCCGCUUCCUCGCCGGUCACCACCCUCACGCAGACCAUGCAUGAUCUCGCCGGGCUCGGCAGUUCCUUCUCCCUUGCCAGUGAGACUCCAAAGAAUCAGAGAGGGAGCUUGCUUUUCCACAGCCGGCUGACAUGCUUAUCUUUGUCACGACGGGCAUCUGAAUCCUCCAUGUCAUCUGAGUCCUCUGAAUCUUCUGAUGCAGGUCUGUGCAUGGAUUCCCCCAGCCCCAUGGACCCACAGAUGGCAGAGCAGACGUUUGAACAGGCCAUUGAGGCAGCCAGCCGAGUCAUUAGAAAUGAGCAGUUUGCCAUCCGACGCUUCCAGUCCAUGCCAGUGAGGCUGCUGGGCCACAGCCCUGUGCUGCGGAACAUCACCAACUCCCAACUGAAGGAAGGCCAAAGGACGAGCCCAGGAGGCAGCGCUACCAGUGCCUCUGGGGGAGACAAGGAGAAUGUGCGCAUCCAGAGGCCGGCACAGGAGCACUCAGGGAGAGGAGAAGCAUGCUGGGGUGGUUCUCUGGCACUUAAUGACCCUUCUGUUCCAUCUUACCUACAGGAUGGGUUUGUCUUCAAGAUGCCGUGGAAGCCCACCCACCCCAGCUCUGCCCAUUCUCUGGCAGAGUGGGCCAGCCGCAGGGAAGCUUUUGCCCAGAGGCCAAACUCGGCCCCCGACUUGAUGUGUCUCACCCCUGAGCAGAAGAUGGAAGUAGAAGAGCUGAGACCCCUGGCCAGAUGCCACCUCUCCCUGACCCCUGCUGAGAGGGCUGCUGAGGAAGAUGAUGGAUUUGUAGACAUCCUGGAGAGUGACCUAAAGGACAAUGAUGCAGUCCCUCCAGGCAUGGAGAGCCUCAUUAGCGCCCCCUUGGUCAAGACCUUGGAAAAGGAAGAGGAGCAGGACCUCAUCAUAUACAGCAAGUGCCAGCGGCUAUUCCGCUCUCCGUCCAUGCCCUGCAGCGUGAUCCGGCCCAUCCUCAAGAGGCUGGAGCGGCCCCAAGACCGGGAUGUGCCUGUUCAGAACAAGCGGAGGAAGAGUGUGAACCCUCUGGAGGAGCAGCAGGAGCCGGAGGAACCUAAAGCCCGUGUCCUCCGCUCAAAGUCUUUGUGUCAUGAUGAGAUCGAGAGCAUCCUAGACAGUGACCACCGAGAGCUGAUUGGAGAUUACUCCAAGGCCUUCCUCCUACAGACUGUGGAUGGAAAACACCAAGACCUCAAGUACAUCUCACCAGAAACAAUGGUGGCCCUAUUGACAGGCAAGUUCAGCAACAUCGUAGAGAAGUUUGUGAUUGUGGACUGCAGAUACCCCUAUGAAUAUGAAGGCGGACACAUCAAGAAUGCUGUGAACUUGCCCCUGGAGCGUGAUGCUGAGGCCUUCCUGCUGCAGAGCCCCAUCGUGCCCUGCAGCCUGGACAAGAGAGUCAUCGUCGUUUUCCACUGUGAAUUCUCAUCUGAGCGCGGGCCCCGCAUGUGCCGCUUCAUCAGGGAACGAGACCGUGCUGCCAAUGACUACCCUAGCCUCUACUAUCCCGAGAUGUAUAUCCUCAAAGGCGGCUACAAGGAGUUCUUCCCACAGCACCCGAACUUCUGUGAACCCCAGGACUACCGGCCCAUGAACCAUGAGGCCUUCAAGGAGGAGCUAAAGACAUUCCGCCUCAAGACACGCAGCUGGGCUGGGGAGCGGAGCCGGCGGGAGCUCUGUAGCCGGCUGCAGGACCGAUGAAGGGCCUUGUCCAUCCUGCCACUUCCCUUGCCUUGUGAGGCCUGGCACCAGCUGCCCUGUGGACUUGCAGGGCCGAUGGUCUGCUGGAAGCCCCAGGUGCUAUUCAGGGGAGAGACAGUGUGGGUGUCCCGUUGCUCUACCCCAGCCCCAAUUCCCCUGUCUCACUCCAGUCAUGUUCUGUAUACUUGUGCCACCCACCCCAACCCUGGAAGAGUCCAGCCUGUUAAGUUGGGUUAAUACCAGCUUAAAGGCAGUAUUUUUUGUCCAGUAGAAGUCCUUUUACUUCCUUGUUUGGGUUAACCCUUUGUCUCCCUAUGCCAAGAAAAGCCCCUUUGUGUAUAUGUCAGCUGAGGCUGGGGAAGAGCCACCACCCCUGAGGAUGGUUCAGAGCUGAACUCCUCACUGGCCUGGGAGUCAGCACCUGCCCUGGGUUCUUACCUAGUCAGCGCUGUCCCCUACCCUCUGCAGGAGUCAUGGGUGUGUCUGCCAUGCUGUCCCUUUCUGUCUUCCUCUUUCCUGUCCCUCCAUACAAGCACCACUGGCAUAAACGUAAGCUCUUACUCUUUCCUGUUUCAGUGUUACCUUCAUGCUUGAUUUGUUUGUUUGACUUUUUUGCCCAUCUCAGGAUACUUGAGUAGGCUGUUUAGGCUCUACCUGUCAAACAUUGAUUACUCACCUGGUCCCAGUUUUGUUGCCCCAGAACAAGGUAUUAUUAUCCUUGGGGACUCUCAGAGAGCCUGCUGGAAGCCCAGCCCUUACUGCUGUGAACCCUGGGGCCUGACUGGUCAGAACUUGCUGCUGUCUUGUCGCAGAUGGAUGGAAGGAUGGAUGGGUGGAUGAGUGGCCACGGAUGCACAGUGCCUUGCAAACACAAAUUUGAUACAAGCAUUUUGGUGAGCAUGACAAAUUGUGGGAGGAACGUACAUGUAUCUGUCUGUGUGGACAAAAAUCUUUACACUUAGGGUUUGGAAAUAUUCAAGAGGAAAUACAGAAGCAGCUUAAUUAAGGACUGAGCAGCCUCUGUAUUCUGAAUCUCAAGAUGGGGGAAGGGCUGUGCUUGAAGGCCCUGAUGAAUCAUCUGUUCAAACCUUGGUUCAAUAAAGCACUAAGCAAGCUGAGUAACC